AGCACUGCUCGCCAACGAGACUUUCGCACACACUUUCCAACGUCAUAAAAAAAAUUCGUCAAACGUCAACAAACUGAGACGAUUCGUAUUUGCGGAAAUAUGUCAAAUUAAUUUAAUUCGAUUUUGUAAGACAAAAUGAAUCAUGAAGAUAUAAAAUCGGUGGUACAAGAGAAGUUUUUAUCUAGUGAACGAGUAACGGCGUUUCUAUGUGACGCCAAAGUGUUCCAUCAUGAAUGGAUGAAGAAAGACCGACUUGUGGCCAUCGUCGAAUAUGGAGAUGAAAAAGCUGUAUUCUGUUUGCAUACGUCUUGCUACCCACCCAAGUCCUUUACGGACUUAUCAAUAGAGAUAGUGCUGCCUAUCGACAGCAGCUUCAAAUGUGAAAUAGAUAACAAGCCGUCCGACUCCGAAGCCGUGUUGUAUCUAAACCUGCAAUCUCGUAAUUUAAAGUAUAAGUUUGAAAUUCAAAUGACCCCACGAGUUGACAACUUCGUCGAUGACUUGUUUCGAGGAAUAGAAGCCGUUAACAAGCUGGCCACUCAGCCAGAGUUCGUGUGGCUCAAGAAGUACAGUGGUAAAAGUGAGGAUGAAAUUAUAGCCCAAACUAUGGUCCUGCCGAGAAGCGGGGUAGCCCACACGCAGGGCCCUCCGCCUGUCGCCAUACGGGAGAGCCUAAUCAAACGCAAAAUGUCUGAUAAAGAAAAGGAGUACACUUACACCAAAAAAUUUACUGUCUUCUGUGGUACAUGGAAUGUGAAUGACAAAUCACCCGUAAUCCCAUUAAAAACCUGGCUGAGCAUUGACAAAGAGCCUCCAGACAUUUAUGCAGUUGGAUUCCAAGAGCUUGACUUAUCUAAGGAAACCUUUCUCUUUGACCAGACGUUGCGAGAAGAUGAGUGGUACAAUGCUGUAGUGGCCAAUGUGGAUCCGAGAGCUAAAUAUGUGAGGGUUGAGCGCGUGAGACUUGUUGGUAUGAUGCUCAUUGUUCUCAUCAAGCAGAAGCACAUGGCUCAUGUACGUAAUGUUGUCUGUGAUACCGUAGGAACAGGAAUUAUGGGUAAAAUGGGAAACAAGGGGGGAGUAUCAAUAAGAAUGGACCUCCACAACACAUCCAUGUGUUUUGUCAACUCACAUCUGGCUGCACAUGUUGAGGAGUAUGAGAGGAGAAAUCAAGAUUUCAGGGACAUAUGUAACAGAACCAGAUUUGUGCAGCCAAACCAAACACCCAAAGCAAUUAAAGACCAUGACCAAAUAUACUGGCUGGGAGACUUAAAUUACCGUAUAACAGACCUUGACCCCACUAGUGUAAAGAAACUAGUGAGUGAAAACAAUUUUGCACCAGUUCUAGAAUGGGACCAGUUGAGACAACAACACAAAAACAACAAUGUGUUUGCAGGGUAUACUGAAGGCACAAUUAACUUCAAGCCCACAUACAAAUAUGACCCGGGCACUGAUAACUGGGACUCCAGUGAGAAGAACCGUGCCCCUGCGUGGUGUGACCGGAUAUUCUGGAAAGGGGAGAACAUCACCCAACUGGCCUACAGGAGUCAUCCCACCCUGAACAUCAGCGAUCACAAACCAGUUUCGGCUGCAUUCAGUUCAUCAGUCAAAAUAAUAGAUGAGGAAAAAUACAGGAAAGUAUAUGAGGAAGUCAUAAAACAACUUGAUAAAAUGGAAAAUGAAUUAAUUCCACAAGUUAAAGUGGAUGUCACUGAAAUAGAUUUUGGCACAGUUCGAUAUCUAGAACUGCAAGUACGCACCAUCACAAUAAAGAAUGUUGGCAAGUUACCUGUAGAGUUCGAGUUUAUUAAAAAGUUAGAUGAAACAAGCUUCUGCAAGGAGUGGCUCAUCGUUGAACCUUACAAAAAAUGUAUCUGUGCUGAUGAAUCAUGUGAAAUACAACUCAAAGUACUUAUAAACAAAACUUCAGCUUGCAAAAUGAAUGCUGGAACUGACAAAUUAUAUGAUAUUCUAGUGUUGCACUUGUAUGGUGGCAAAGACAUCUUCAUAACAGUCAAUGGCACAUAUCAAAGAAGUUGUUUUGGAUGCUCCAUAGAGGUGCUUGUGAACUUAAACAUGCCAAUUAGAGAAGUCCCAGUUGGCAAGCUGAUUGAGUUAGAAAACAAACGAGACCAGACACCACCAAGUCAAUCUACAUAUUCCAUACCAAAAGAAAUUUGGUUCCUAGUGGACCACAUUUAUUUGCACGGGUUAAAAGAACCAAAUUUGUUUGAGCAGCCAGGCCUGCACUCUGAAGUCCUGCAGAUCAGGGACUGGCUGGACAGCGGAUCAGUAGAUCCUAUUCCUGGAAGCAUCCAUUCAGUAGCAGAAGCAUUGCUGCUUCUCCUAGAGAGUACAGCUGACCCAAUCAUCCCAUACAACCUGCAGUCUGUAUGUCUGCGUGCAUCAGCCAACUACUUACAGUGCAAGCAAAUUAUAAUGGAGCUGCCUGAAUUUAGGAAGAAUGUUUUCCUAUAUUUAUGUGAAUUUCUACAAGAAGCAUUGCAGCACAGUGCAGAAAAUGGUCUAGAUGUCAAGACCCUGUCCACACUUUUUGGUGCAAUAUUUCUGAGAGAUAAUCCCAAUCAAAUCCAAGAGCCCCAGUCUAGAAUCAACAAACAAGUUAUAGACAAAAAGAAGGCGCAAUUUGUUUAUCAUUUCCUUGUCAAUGAUCACAGUGACUUAAUAUUUUCAAAAUAAGUUAUUAAUUGUAUUACAUUAUUUUUAAUACUCAAGCUAAUUUCCAUUAGUAUUUUAGUUAAAUUAUUUAUUUUAUUUCUUAUUAGAAUAGUCUAUUAAUAUAAUUAUGACAAUGCAAAUCUCACUAUAUAAGUUAUAUUAACUUUUAAAUUACUGUGCAAACAUAUUUUAUGUAAUUCCACUGUAAGUCAAUCCAAAAAUAUUUAUAGUGAAAAAUUCUUAACUGGCAACAUUAGCAAAAUUAAUCUUAAUUAUUUUUAUAUUUGUAUUGCAGGAUGGCCACUAUCUGUAAUAGUUGCCAUUGUAACGAAUUUAGAUUGAAGUUGUAGUAUUUUGUAAUAGGCUUUUUGUAAUAAUUUUAAAUGCCAGUUAAGAAAUAGGAUUAUUUGUGAUUAUUCUUAUAUUUUUAUAUGCUGUUUCCUUGAAUAACUAAAGUUAGAGACACUUCUUAAAACUAGUACCAUAGUUUUAAAAGAUAUUUACAAUACUGUAUUUAUUCUGGUGAUUACUACUGUACAAUUUAUUGUUAUUUUAUUCUACUACUUAACAAAGAAUGUUGAAUUCUUACAAUAGGAUGUGUGUGACUAUUGUGUAAUUUUAAAAUGCAUUUGCUUUUUUGUUAA